GUCUCACAGUACCUAGUGCACUUAAAGAUAGCUGAAGGCCACUCAGUACAUUUCGAUAUUUGCAUAAGCAUGGGCGCUUACAUGUCAAAGCCGAAUGUAGACAAAGUUACUGAUACUGGAGCGAACAAAUGGAUAUCUUACAGUUCUUGCUCUAUGCAGGGUUGGAGGAUGCACCAAGAAGAUGCUCACAAUUGCAUUCCCGAUUUUGAUUCUUCACAUGGGGUGUCAUUUUUUGCGGUUUAUGAUGGUCAUGGUGGGUCGGAAGUGGCGCGAUAUUGUGCAGAGCAUAUGCCUAAUUUCUUGACCAAACUUCCUGCCUAUGGUGAACUGGAUAUGAAAAAAGCUUUGAAGCAGUUAUUCCUCGACUUCGAUGCUACACUAGUCACUCCUGAGACGAGAGCUGUUUUGAAUGCUAUGUCGGAAACGGACAAAGGCGACAGUUCAUCAGAAAAGGAAUCAUUUGUUCGAAUUCACUAUACUGCUGAUGAUAAUGAAGACGAUGAUGAGGAGGAUGAGAGUUAUUCAGAACUUCUGGCUUUACGGGCUGAAGCGAACGAACCAUUGGAGCAGGUUUUAGAAAAAUAUGGCGGAGAGGAUGCUUUACCCUCUACCAUAAAGAGCAUAUUGGAUACUCGACGUCAGAAGAAAGUUGGUGAAUGUAGCCAUAGUCCUUACAAACCUACAAAUACUGUUCCAAUUACUUCAUCAGAAGUAGAUUCUCUGUCUAACAAAACAGAUUCUUCCAGUGUUGCUGAAUCAUCUAGUACUGAGAUUGUUGAAGCUGAAAAGAUUGUCGAAGAAAAUUCAGCACAUGAUGCCCAUUCUAAAACAGAUGAAAGCACUGUUCUCCCUAAAGAGCCGGUUGCCAAAGAAGACUCAGGAAAAUUGACAUCAGAAAACCCUGUGGAUGGGGAUAACGAUCAGAAGUCAGCUGAUGUACCUGAGGAUGCAGAUGAAAGCGAUGAUGAGAGUGCAGAUUUUGACCCUGUAGUUGGGCUUGAAGAAAGUGAAGAUGAGGAAGAGGAGGGUGAAGAGGAAGAAGAUGAAGAGGAAGACGAUGAAGAUGAGGAUGAUGAUGAUGAGGAUGACGACGACGACGACGAAGUAACUAGCUUUUCCAUACCAGGCUCUGUGGCAGACACUGAAGAAUCAGAGCCUGGAAUUGACAGUGGGACAACUGCAUGUGUUGCUGUUCUUGUACCACUUAACGGAGAUGUUUAUUUGUAUGUUGCUAAUGCAGGAGAUUCACGAGCUGUACUCUGCCGUGGUGGUGCUGCAGUCGAAUUAUCAGUGGAUCAUAAACCAGAAGACGAGGAUGAGAAAGCCCGGAUUUUAGCAGCCGGUGGAACUGUUACACGAGAUGGUCGAGUUAAUGGCGGUCUCAAUCUUAGUCGAGCCCUUGGUGAUCACAGCUAUAAGCAAACACCAAAUAUCCCUUUGACUGAUCAAAUGAUUACUCCCUCUCCAGAUGUUACUGAAAUCAAGUUAGUCCCAUCAGCAGACGAAUUCCUGGUAAUUGCAUGCGAUGGAGUAUGGAAUUCAAUGACAAGUCAAGAGGUUGUCGAAUUUAUCCAGGAUCGUUUACAUCCUCCAACUACAAAUGAUAGUUUUAACACAAAUAGUCACUCAGAUACUAAUGAAAAGAAUGGUAGUAUCGACGCAUUGAGUUCAACUGAUAAACUAUCAAAGAUUUGCCAUGAAAUUUUCGAUCAUUGUUUAGCCCCGAACACAGAUGGUGAUGGAACAGGCUGUGACAAUAUGACGUGUGUUAUAGUUCGUUUUGAUGAUCUUCCUGGAUGGGUUGAACACUAUCCAAAGAACUCUUCAACUAAUAUAGUGUCACCACGAAAACGACCAUCUUCUCGUAGUGCUGAAGAUAAUAAUAAUAAUAAUAAUGACAAUGAUAGUGAUGAUGAAUUAGUCAACAAUGAUAAUGCUGUCAACGGAACAAAUUCGGUUUCAUCGGUAAAUCAAACAAUGUCUAAACGACCACGAUUAGCAUUUUCUAAUCCUGAAGAUUCACUCCAAGGUCUUAUUAUGAAUGGAUCUGACAAUGGUGUGACUAACACUACUACCACUUCAAUCAGUAGUGAAUAAAAGAAUGUCUAUAUAUAUAUAUAUUUUUUGCACAACAUUUUAUGCAUUCAAUCAGUUAAUUAUCUACUGAUGAUGAAUAAGAAUUUUUCGUGUAGUUUGCAAAGUUACUAUAAUUUGUUUAUUCCAAUGGUUUUUAUUACUAUGUUUCUGUUUGUUUGUUUUUUUUUGCAUCAUUUAAAAGGUUAUCAAUUUUUUAUGUAUGUACUAUAAAAAGGUGCAUUUAAUAAUCAUGUUACUAAGAUUAGUUAUAUCUGUUAGGAGGAUUUCUGUAUACCGAUUGUAUGAAUGAAGAUAACAAUGUACACGUUCACAGCAGGUUGGGUAGAGAUAUAUAUAUAUAUAUAUAUAUAU